AUGUCCCUCGUACUUGCUAACUGCAAUCUCAUCGACUGUGUAACUGAAGGCGUCCGCCCCAACUCCACGGUAACUGUGGACAACGGGCGCAUCCUUUCUGUGAGAACCGGCGGAGAAUCUGCUCCACCCGAUGGGGCAACCAGCGACGAGAUCAUAGACCUAGCUGGAGCAUACCUGCUCCCCGGACUAUGGGAUGUCCACAUUCACCCCGAAUACCCCAAUCCGCCAGGCACCACCGUACCGCAGCUGACGGCCUGGUUCGGCCAGAACCUGAUGCGCGGCCUCACCGAGGCUGGCGUCACGUCGGUACGCUGCGCCGGCGCCGGCCACUUCAUGGACGUCGCCUGGAAGCGAGCGUUCGAGGACCCAUCCGGACCCGCCGGUCCCACGGUUUACGCCUGUGGCCACUUCCUCACCACCACCGGCGGCCACUUCCUGACCUCCGGCCACGCGCUCGAGUGUGAUGGCCCAUACGGAUUCGUCGAGGCCAUCCGCAACCAGAUCAAAAACGGCGUCGACCACAUCAAGCUCAACCUUUCCGGCGGCAUAAUGGGUCCCUUCUGGGACCGGCACCUCGACUCCUUCCUGUUACCCCAGGAGAUCGAGGCUGCCUUCACCCUCUGCCACCAGCGCUCCAUCCCUGUAAUGGCUCACGCCACCAACCCCGUAGCGGUAAAAGCUGCCAUACUCCUCGGCGCUAACUCAGUUGAACACGGCUAUGAUAUGGACGAGGACUGCAUUACCGGGUUCCUUGAGUACGGCACCUGGUACGUCCCCACCCUAGGUAUUACCCACCUCACCCCGAGCCAGGCCGACAACGAAUGGGAGCGGUCCUACUGCGAGCGCAAGGCCCUCGCCCCCGACUUGGUACGCCGCGCCGAGGCAGCAGUAGACCAACACCGCAGUUGGUUCCAGACAGCCCUGGAAGCCGGGGUCAAGAUGGCCCUCGGUUCCGACGUCCUGCCUCUCCGAGACUCGGCCCUGCUCGAACUUGGCCUCUGGGUCAAGGACGGCGCCACACCCUGGCAGGCCCUGACCGCCGCCACCCGGAACGCCGCCGAGCUUUGCGGUGUGGGAUCCGAUGUCGGCACUCUCGAACCAGGCAAGCGGGCCGACAUGAUCGCAGUCGCCGCCAACCCCCUCAACGAUAUCCAGAACCUCCGCCAGUUGCAGGUGGUCUUCAAGAACGGGCGCCUCGUCGCUGAUCACCGUUUUUAG